AGCAAAGCCAUUACCUUCAGAAUACUUGGUAAGAGCCUCCCAUUUGCUUUCAUUCACAGGAGGGUCCAUUCGAUGUGGGCAAAAACUGGAACUGUGAAGAUUGGAGACAUUGGUAAUGGCUAUUAUCAGGCCAUCUUUGGAUCGCAGCUGGACUACGACCGUGCCCUGUAUGGAGGUCCAUGGACGGUUGAUGAUCAGUAUAUUGCCUCUGAGCCGUGGAGACUGGAUUUCGAUCCAGACUAUGAUGUGAUCAACAAAACCAUGGUGUGGGUUUGCCUCCCACGCCUCCCAAUGGCGUAUUUCGAUGAAGAGAUCCUGGAGAGCAUUGGAAGCCGACUUGGGAGGGUGGUUAAAAUUGAUUACAACACUGUCAAUGGAUUUAGAGGGAACUACGCUAGAAUCUGCAUAGAAAUCGACCUAAGAAAACGGUUGGUCCCGAAGUAUAGACUAAAGAGAAGGGUUAGAAGAGUGGAGUACGAAGGGCUGGACACAGUUUGCUAUGAAUGUGGACACCACGGACACCUGGAGAGUAGCUGCCCCAGUUCAGCAUCAAUGGCGAAUGCCACACCAGAGCACAAGACUGUGGAUGAAGGAAUACAAAUGGUGAGUCACGAGAUACGUCCAGAAGUUUUGGAAGACUAUGGCCCGUGGAUGAUUGCAACUAGAGCAAAGAGGAAUAAAAAUCCAACCAAAGGAGUAGAGAAGAAGGAGGUGCAGGGUAAAGGGAACCUAAAGAGAGAAGAACAAGUGGGAGGCUCUAGAUUUAGUGCACUGAAGACAGAUGUGGAGGACGUGGGGGAGGAGAAGAAUGAUGAUAAAGAGUUGGCAGAAGAAAAACAGAAGGCAGAUGCUGGGGAGGAAACCAACGAGAAUUUAAAAGAGAAUAAGGGAAGGAGAAUGGGAGCACGGAGGAAAAGAGGGAGAAAAUCCAUCAACCACAUCAGAUGAACUCGAAGAAAAUGCAACAAUCGAA